CGGCGGCUCUGCUGGACGGUGUCACUCCGUCCUCUGACUGGCCUGGACCGUCGGUUCAGGAGUCUGGGUCAGUCAGUGAGGCCGUGGAGGCGGAGGACUCGGAGGACUCGGAGGACUCUCCGUCGCUCCGGUCACGUCCUGGUGGAAAGGUUCUGCUCAGAACCAGCUCCCGGUUCUGUGGGUCCAACACCGCGGUGACGGCACGAGGCUGGAUGUGAGCGCUGAGUCCAGAGCCGAGGUCUGAGACCUUCAUGAGCACAAGAACCACCGAGUCCACGUCCCAUCAGCCCCAGGUCCUGGAGGCACACCCAGCGUCUGGAGCUUCAGGCCCGUCAGCGCUUUGACAGUUUGGAAACGUUGAACUCUCUUCCUGUGAGUUUCUCGCUGUCGUGUCGGCUGUGAUGUGAGGAGUGUCGGGUUCCCGGGCUCGGCAGGUGAACGGGUGAACCGCACCCCGGCAGAUGCAGGACGUGGGCGAGCCCCGCCGGCCGGAGGACGACAUGGCGGACGGAGACCUGGGGGACGGGACCCGGUCCCCGUCCAGGAGGACCCUCGGCCCGGCGGCCGCGCCGGAGAGACCCGAGCUGAGGCUCGGCGGUCGGCGCGGCGAGGCUCAGCACGCCGCCCGCUGGAACAUCUCCCGCCUGGGCUCCCUGGCCGACUGGUCCAAAGACAAACUGAAGGACAAACUGCAGGAGGCUGCUGAGGUGAUCGACGCUCUGAGCUGCGAGCUGGAGGUGACUCACCGCUACCUGGAGGGCAAAUAUGAAGCUCUGAGGAUCCUACAGGGGAAGGCCAUCCUGGACCGAGCCACGAGCCACACCCAGAGUCUGCAGCAGAAGAGUGAGGAGAAGGCCAAGGCCCUGGAGAAGGAGGUCAACAGUCUGCAGUGGGAGCUCAGCUUCCUGCAGCUUCACGCCCAGAGGUUGGAGCAGUCCUGGGAGCACAGAUACAGCCGGUCAGCUUCUGUCUCUGCACAUUCUGAUUCCUAAAAAACCCACAAUGUUCUGCCGGUUCUGCAUUCUUUUUCUACUUCCUACUUCUGCAUGUUCUGGUUCCUGCAUCUGUUCUUUCUAAUUCCUGUUUUUACAUGCUCUACUUCCUGUUUCUCCACCUUCUACUUCCUGGAAAAAAAGGAUAUAUUCUGCCUCCUGUUACUGCAUGUUCCGCCUGCCCUACAGUUUCUGCAUGUUCCUGGUUCUGCAUGUUCUACCUCUUCUUUCUGCACAUUGUGGUUCCUGCUUCUCCAAAUUCUAUUUUUUGUUUCUGCUCAUUCUAGUUCUUGUUUUUGCACGUUCUGCUUUCUAAAAAACCCCAGAUAUUCUGCCUCAUGGUUCCGCCUCCUGGUUCUGCGUGUUCUACCUCUUGUUUCUACAUGGUCUGCUUCCUGCUUCUGCCUUGUCUGCCUCCUCUUUCUCCACGUUCUCCCUGAACUCACUGCUGUCGCUGUGAUCAGAACUGUGAAUGAGAACAAGGUUCUGACGGAGCGACUGGAGGAGACCCAGAACCAGAUCCAGCAGCUCGGAGCGGAAAACUCUGCUUUGAGACGGCAGUACUUGGAGCUGUUCUCCAUGCUGAAUGUGAGGGAACAGAGGAUCUACCAA